ACUGGCAGGAGCAUUUGAACUUCGGCCCUGCUGCAUUCAACAAGGUGGUGGCAUUGGUUCCACACACGUAGCAGCGGCAGACGUUCGCGUACAGCGUAAGCUAAUAACCGUCCAGCUACACAGGUUGCACAGCUUGUUCAUUGUGCUCACCGGUAGUUUGGAAAGUGUGAAAAGAAUGUGAAAUUCCAAAUGUCCAUGAUGAGUGGUGUCUAAAACGAAAACCAAAACAUAAACCAAAUCAGUGUAAAACAUCCAUCCUUCGGGAUGUGACAAGUGCAAACGUAUAUACACAGGCCAAACAACAACAAAAAAACCCAAUCCCGGUCUAAUCCGGGAUUCGAUGCGUAUUCGUAAUGUUUCACAAAUCCACCUUUCUGAAGGGUGCUGGUGCUGCCGCAACGGCACUGUGUCCCGGUGGUGGUACCGGCAGCAUAGGCCCGACAGGAGGUUCUUGUUCGACCGGUACCAACGGUUCGAUGGGUGAGAAGCAACGAUUCCGCAAGAUGAACAUACUGCUGCCACCGGUAAAGCUGUUCACCAAGCGGCGAUGUUACCUUUGCAUUAAGAUUGCGGUACUGGUCGUUGUGUUCGGCCUGUACUUUAUGUUGCUGCUACGGGAAUCGAUGAGUGCCCUGACGGGUUCCUCAUCUUCCUCAUCAGGAUCUUCCGCACCAUUCGCGUCUUCGUCAUCGAUGCCUUCGUUUGCGGCACUAACAUCGCGUGGUGGUGGCAUGCUGAAAAAGGCUGGCAGUAAGCUGGAUGAGAUGCGCGAUAGGCGACAGGGUGGUCGGGUUGCGGGCAGGCACGGUAAUAAUGCUGUCGGUGCCGAGGGACGGUUAGCUCGACCAUUAAAGAUGGUUGCCGCAGGCGGUAAACAGCGGCACCAGUUCCCACCGCAGCAGGCACCAGCGGCCGAUGGUAGCAACCAUUCUACGCUGAAUCCGGUGUACGAAUAUUCGGACGAGAUGAAUGCCGCCGCCGAGACGGACUUUAACGAGCGGCGCAUGAUGCUGUGGAACGUUUGUGCCGACCAUCGUAUCAUCGGCAAGUAUCCACCGAAUGCGUGGGAAUUUUUCAUCUCUCCUGGCCAUGGCAUCGCGUGGUGCAACAUCUUCAAAGCGGCCAGCAGCACAUGGAUGUAUUAUUUCAACAUACUCGGAGGAUACAGUGUGCAGUACCUGCAGCGUACGAAGGCAUCACCGAUCGAUUUGGCAAGGAAACGCUUUCCACGACCCACCGCUAACGAGCUGAACGAUUACAUCUCCAACACGAUAUCGUUCCUUAUUGUCCGGGAGCCCUUCGAGCGGUUGCUUUCGGCCUAUCGCAACAAGCUGGAAGGAUGUCGCAACAAAUACUACAAACUGCUCGGUGAACAGAUCGUCAAGAAGUUCCGGAAAACACACCCACUAAAGGGAGCGAAAACACCACACGGUCCUACGUUUCGUGAGUUUCUCGAAUUUCUCGUAAGCCAUUACCGUUCUGGUGGACGCUUCGAUGAACACUGGAGCCCCGUAUACUCGUUCUGUACGCCCUGCAGCAUCAACUUUACGCUUAUCGCCAAAAUGGAAACGUUCCAGCGGGAUAGUGAGUACAUCAUACGGCAGGCCGGACUUGAAACGCUGCUGCUAAACAAAAUGCCCCGCUACAAGGCACGCUGGAUAACGAAUCGAUCGGCAAGCGAUACCCGAAAUCUUAUACCAAGAUAUUUCGCACAAAUCGACGAGAAACUGCUCACGGAUGUGUUGGAAAUCUACCAGCUAGACUUUGAGCUGUUUGGAUACAACAGUACCAAGUACUACAGCUACGUCCAAUCGCCCGACUAUGGAUAGCAAACGUUCGGAACUUGAGUGGCAAAAGUUGGAAGAGCAGAUUACUUAAAAGACUAAGCAAAACCAAACCAAACAAAACAAGCUGGCAGUGAACAAUACCACCACGUGUAGAUCCCGUCGAAGCGUAGCUAAUGCCGACCGGAAAUAGAUUGUUUGUUUGUGUGUGUGUGGAUGUGUGCGAGUGUCGAUAGAAAAAGAAAAACCCGCGUAGAAAAUUGUUUUAGGAGUCACCGAGAUUAAUGUUUUCCUUAUACAACAACCAAAAAACAAGUAUACACCGAUAUAUAUUAUAUAUAUAUACACAACAAAACACACAAAUCUUCAUUUAGUGUGGGAAGAAAAGCUAAUGUAACACGGUCGAAAACGAAUGAUAACACAGAGUAAGAGUGCAUCCUCUACAUCUUGGAAUAGUUGGACUAGUUCUAUCUUCGUAUACAGUUACAGACACUUACUAAUCGUGAUAAAGUAGUUUGUCGUACAUUUUGUGUUAGCGAUUCACCGCUAGUAAAUUUUAUAUUUAGUAAGAAACGUGCAAAAAAACAAACCUUCCUUUUGAUCGGUUUUAGGUAAAUUAGGUUAAAAGAUAUGGCACUGAUCUAGGGUACAAGGAUAAACUAUAGUGCAGAAUUAUUUAGCAUACACUCCAUUAUUGCCGCAGGAACGGGAUAGAUACACGCAGGACAUACACUAAUGUACGCGCGCGCGCGAGAGAGAGAGAGCUUACGGAUUUCCGAUAGUGAACAUUUUACCACCGGACAAAACGCAAAACCUGACAAAGAUAACGAAAGCCCAAAGCAAGAUAGUUAGCAAAUGGUAGCAAUAGUAGAGAACCGAUUCAAUAACUGAGAUCAACGUAAUUAUUUGUUGCUUGUUCCGCAAAAGUACGAUUUUAAAUUCACAAUCUUUUUGUUCGUUUGUAAAACGAUGCUUCAUUUCAUAUUAGAUAAAAAGUGUAAACGUGCCCAACAGAACCCAUUAGUAGUUGGAAACAGAAAGUCCCCCGUCGAGGUUCAUAAGUGCCAAAAGUGAACGUAAAGAAAUAGCGAGAAACCUGCGAUGAUCACGUGCUGUAUUGUAAGGGGAAGAUUGUGCUAAGAGCCGGUUGUUGUAAUACGAACGAAUGGACACAUUACACAGGUUGGUAGUUGAGUAGAGCGAACACAAACACAAAACUCCCUUUAAGCGCACAACAAAAAACAAAACGAGACGAUACAGAGUUAUAUAAGAAUAUGCUGUGAAAGUAGUGUAAAAGAUAACUAAUCUUUCCAUCCUCCAUAUGCGAUGAACGAACUGGUAGUAAGCAAUGUAGCACGGAGACAGAAAAAACGGAUAAGGAAACAUAUUUUCCCCUUAAAUAUCUCUUCAUACGGAGCACUGCUUUGCUCCCGGAGAAGGGAGUUUAUCCGGCAAAACAGAAAGGUACGUCUAGAAUAGUGACGAAAUAUUUACACCCAAGAACUCGAUUGUAAUGCACGGUAAAAUAGGAGAAACAUUGUUUGAUGUUACCUAGUGCGCCAUGGAAAAUUGUAACAAGAGAAACCUUUUACUGGAUGCGAAAAAAAACCGCGAAGAAGAGACUAAUCGUAGACUUCCCUUGGGAAAGCGAAUGUAGUGAACGCGAAAACAAAACUAGCGCGAGCGUGGAUGAUUUUGAUAAACAUAUUUAACAAACGUUCGGAAACUUAAACAAGAAAAAGAAAAACAAAUCAAAAUUCUAAAUUUUGACCCGUAUGUACUUGAUUUAUGUCUUUCUUUUCCACCAAGACAAAAAGAAAACGUUUAAAUGAAAAGAACUCAUAUUCUUAUCCGUGUAACCGUGUAGCUAGAUGCGCAACGAGAAAGACAGAGUGCGAGAGAAGAAGAAUUUGAUAGGGAAAGCCAAAACACAAAAACAUAUUACUGGAUUGUAUAAGAAACACAACAAAAAUGAAGGCAAGUUUGCAAAGGUAAACCGCAGAGGGUAAAACAUAACAAAACCAACCUUGAUGCUAGUGACUAUAUAAACACUACACGUUAUACACAUAUAUAUAUAGAAAGCAAAAAGAAGAAAGAAAAAAAAAACAACAUUUACAACCCUCUAUCUUAAUCAAUUUAACACUGUUUCACAACAAACAAAAAAAGGAACGGAAUAACAUGAAAUAAAUGAUUAUUAGUACCCGCUGUAAAGAUGUUUGACAUACAGGAAAAGAAAAUAGGAAAAAACAUUACCAACAUGUAACGAGAACAAUAUGAAACAAGAAAAUUUCACUAUCACACCAUAGUAGAAUGAGGUAACGUACGGAAUGAGGCACAUAAACAACAAACAUCAACUAUAAUAUUUAUAAAUCUUCUUUUUUCGUAUGAUCACACGCAUACGAAAUGAGAAACACCAGACAGCUUACAAACAGUAAGAAAAACAGAAACCAACUGCUAUCCACACAUUUGCAAAUAAAAGGUUCACCACAUAGAGAGAUAUAAAAUACAAAACUAUGAUCCAUUGUCGUUGUCAACUAUGUACCUUUGAUAUUUUAACAAUAUCCCAACACUUACAAAGCGAAGAAUAAUGAAUGUUUUUUUGAAUAAAAACAAGGACGAAUAAAUUGAAUCCCAUUCAUAGAAGAUAGCUAAACAAAGGGAAGUAAAAAGAUCCAAAGCCCGUUCUACAGUUCAACACCUACAAUAAGAUCAUUAAAGGAAAACAAAAAACAAAUCCACAAAAAAAACAUAAUUCCAUCGAUGAACAUACAACAACCAAGGAUCGCUCAAACCACUUUACGCAAACAUAUAGAAAACAGCAAACAAAAACAGCAAAUACCCACGAGGUUCGUGCGAGGGCAACAGCCAGCUAAAUGUAGUAGAUUAAUGCAACAGAGCGAGUGUUGCAAGUGUUGGAGUGUCUAUCGAUCGAGCGUAUAUGUGACCGAACGGAACGGAUCGAGCGCAAUAGGUCGAUAGAAUAAUGCAUGAUACAUUUGGAUAGACUGAUUCAAUAAAAGUACGAAGCAAAGAACCAUUACACAA